AUGAAAAAUGUCACAGACGCUGCAAAGGGUGCCGGUAAAGUAGCUCAAAAACUUCUCAAGGUGGCCGAAGCACUUAAAAAUAUCUACGACAAGAUCGCACCGGUUCUCAAAAGGCUGAAAACGAUUUCCGUGACAGUCAAGAAAGUGAUUGAUACCUUCUCUAAGGUCGACAAGAAGACAGGAACCGCCAAGUCUAAAACUGCUAAGACUCAAAGGCCAGACACUCAGUUCAUCGAUAUGCCCAAUGCCAUUGCUGAAUGGAGGUGCUUCAAUAUCGAAAUCGAUUACAUGGAGGAGUCGCUGUCCACAUAUGGUAUCUCGGGGAAGAAUGAAUACUUUCAGGCAUUGAGAAAGAUGGUCGUGAAGGCCGAAACAUACAUCUUGACGCAGGCCAGUCUCGUUCAAAGGGCUGAUGACUAUGUCACUGUUCUGAUGCAGCAGUCAAUGGGUGAGCGUGAUGAGUCCCGUCUCUCAACUGCGGCGACUCGUAUUGCCAACAAUACAGAAAUUUUGACUAUCCUGACGCGUGCCAUGUUUGAUCGUGUUCUCGCCAUUCGUCAUCAGGUUUACCUUGACUUCCAUGCCUUCACUGAGGCCUACCGCUAUCACACUCUCUCUGACCCGCUAAUCACGGACCAGUCCCCGAUCAAAUCAAUUGGCGACUACCAAGAAGGGAUGGCCAAGCUCUGCGAAGCAAUCACUGUCUUCUCUGCCAUGACAAAUAUCCUACGAAGAACGUUCAGAUUGAAUGUUGGCCCAUCCGAGCUCUCAACAGAAGCACGAGUGGCCCUUGGAGAGGGCCAGGCUAUCAGUUUCGAUAUUGAUCGGGACGCGCCCCUAUGGAAUGGCUUCGCACGUAUCAGAAUGACUUGUGCAAGAUGUUGGCUCGAGGGUAUCACGACAGAGUCCAAUCUCCCUGUACGUCUGGAAUUGGGGACUGAUGCUCAAUUCGUGGAUCGGAAUCCCACAGAUCCAGCUCCUGCACAUUCCAGUUCAACUGUCUCUGAUCGUACACCUGAAGAUAUUGAUGAAGAUCUCGGUGAAGACAGAGUCCUCGCUUCCCUUCUGGCCCCAACCAUGCGCUACGUGGGAGUCGCACGAAAGCUGCUUUUCGAGUACGAGCCCCGCUCCAAGGCGAUCCAUUGUGAUGGUGUCUUUAGUGAGGAUCCCGCGUACACCAGAUUUACCCCUAUAACCAGAUGGUCGGUUCGAGUUGUUGAAGGCGGGUCCGACAGCGCCAAGCGGGGGGAAAUCGAUUUCACGGGCUUUACGGGGAUCACGAUGGAGUUUAUGGUUGACUGUGCCCGAAAAGGCCCGUUCAUUGUCGUCAAUAUCGCGUAUACCUCAGCGGACGCCAUAAUUCUCCUCUCAUCUGGCAUCAUCGACCAUUUCAGAUUAGAUAGCAUGCUAUCUCGUGGCGUAAACAGGUUCCUCGAACACUUGGUAAGACGCGAGAUGGAUAGGAUGCACAAGAAGGCAUGGAGCUACGAUAAAGAGCCAGGGGUAAGGGACCUGGAGAGUGACUUACCUCCGGAGGCCGGAAACGAGAAUAACUUUCUCUCCUGGCUAUGGUAUACCUGCGUGAAGCCGAUUCUGAAACCACUCGCUGCCAUGAGAAGAGCCGAGUCUGGUGGAUGGGCACAGGUUUGGCUAAUGGGCUUCCAUUCCACGCCGCCGAAGAUUAUAGCAAAGACGAUCUUGGCGAAGGCGAGAGUUGCCUCGACUAUGUGA